CCUGGAACCCCCAAACCCCGUUCCCAGCUCUCCCGUUCCCCCUUUCCUUCUCCCGUGCCCCUCCAGCCCCCAAAUCUCCGUGUGCCCCCAGUUCUCCUGUCCCUGCGUUCCCUGCCCGUGGCGCUGUCGGGGCCCAGCCCGGGAAGGGGCACGAGCCGCGGUUGACAGUCGUGUGCUCAAGUGCUCGCAGCGAGAGGGGAAACGCCGUGCUGCGCUUCAAGAGGCUCCAGCUGUGGGAUUCAGAGGUGCUCCCUCUGGUCAUCCGUAACGAUGGCAUCAUACCUGUCAAGUUUAUGUUACUCCUGGAGGAUGAGCAUGGAAUGUUCUUCUUGAAAGGCAGGACCUCCCCAGUCAAGGUAUUCCACACUGGAGAUGUGAAAAAGGAACUCAUUGGAAAAGCGAGCAAGCUCCCAAAGAAGCCUUUCUUCCAUCUGAGUCCCGGGAAAUCAACUGAGUUUGAUGUAAUUUUCAAACCCACCCUGGCUCAACAUCUGGAAGGGAAGAUUCAUGUGUUAGUGAAGGACAGCUACUCUAACGAGACCCUAAUAGAGCUGGUGGGUGAAGGCCACAAGGAGGAAUUCACCCUGCUUGGACUAGAGGAUGACACACAGGAAAGGAAUGUUAAGAGCAGUCUGAAGAAAGACAUCACUGAUGCUGUCAGAGUGAAUCACAUCGAGUUUGGGGACUGUCCUGUCGGGAAGCGCUGCUACAGGACCUUCGCCGUCACCAACCGCAGCCUUAAGCAGUUCAUGCGCUUUGAGUGGGAGGCAGAUGCCCCAUUCCUGUUCUCCCCCAAGGUGGGACACCUCCAUCCUGGCUGUGCCAAGGACAUCACAGUGAUCUUGAAAUCAGAUGUCCCAGCCACCUUCAUGAGGCACCUUGUGAAAUGUAAGAUGACCAAGGUCAACUUUGAGCUGCCACAAAAGAAGGUUCCUGACUGGGAUGACCAAAUGUGCAUUGUCAUAUGGAAGAAUACCACCAGGAAAAACCCGGCAGCCGCCACGCGGCCUAAAAUAAAGCAGGUGGUCGAGACAGCCCCGGAACCGGCUCACACUGUGGUGGAGGAGAGCAGCCAGGAGUUGGAGGUGUACCUCAGUGCUGUGGUUGCCUACACCCAGUUCAAGCUGAGCACGACCAUGAUUCAGUUCAAGAGUACCUUGCCCUUCCAGACAGGGACAGCCACUUUCACACUGCAAAACACAGGCGAGGUAGCUCUGGAAUACUCCUGGGAGAAACCUGCAGGGAGUGAACCAGUGAAGAAGCUGAAGAAGCCAUACUCAACCACUCUGAUGCGUCGGUUCCUCUCCUAUGAUACUGUAAAGCAUCGCAGAAAGCUGCUGCGUCUUUUCUGGUCGGAGCAGGACCAUCCUUCGGAGACACAUCCUAAAGUGCGGCAGCUGCGGCGGCCUGCUGAGCAGCAGCAGGAUUCUGAGCAGCAGCAGGAGCCAGAUUCCAAGUGGCAGCAGGAUUCUGAGCAGGAGCAGGAUUCCGAGCAGGAUUCCGAGCAGGAGCUGGAUUCCGAGCAGGAGCUGGAUUCCGUGCAGGAGCUGGAUUCUGUGCAGGAGCUGGAUUUCGUGCAGGAGCUGGAUUUUGAGCAGCAGCAGUAUUCUGAGCAGGACGACUGUGUCAGCACCUCCCUAGAAGUUUUUCCAGAUGUUGUCCAUGACCUGUUCUCAAUCAACCCCUACUGUGGCAUCAUUGCUCCUGGCCAGAAGGAGACCUUUGACGUGCAGUUCUUCCCAGAGUGCCUGGGCAAGUUUAAGACCACCCUGCUGUGCAGGAUUCCUAACCUGCAGCCAGGUGAGAAGAUGGGGCAGGUGACUUUGGAAGGCAGAGCCCAGGAGAAGGACAGUCUGGAUAAACCAUUAGAAGAGACAGAGUAAGGCCAGGGACCCAAGAAGGAGGUGCUCUAAAGACCAACACUUGAGUGACAACAUUUGUGUCAGCUGGAGCGUGCGGCAGGAGCUGGUGACAUCCUACCUUCUGCUGCUGGUGGUCUCCCACCCUUCACCAGAGACCUCUGCAGCUACCCUCCCACGUUCCAGUGAGCACCUCCCUCUUACCUAAGUUGAUUAACUAAUUGUUGAUUAGAUUGAUAAGUAAUUGAUAAUUGUCCGUUAACUGUUAAUAAACAAUUGCUAAUAAA